CAAACACACACCGAACUGGGCCAUUAAAGCUAUCUUAUGUAAUUGCAGCAGCAACAGUCAGUGGAAGUAAUUGCAAGUUAGAAGUGACAAACAAGAUCGAUGCUGGUUUCAACUCCACCACCACCAUCCUCAUCUUCUUUCUCGCUUGGAUGCUCCAACUGCCUAAGAUGUCAUGUUGAACCCAUGAUCUGCUCAAUGUCACAUGGAUUAUCUUGCAGUUCGAUUAAGACACCGUUUGAGUUUCAACGAGUUUCGCAGCAUUCAGGCUUGAGAAGGGAACAUCUCUUUGGGAGUGCUCAGUUUCAUUGGUCGCUUCAGGGGCGUGAUAUCUGUGUUUCACAAGUUUCGGUAGCUGCUGAUUAUUCAGAUUCAGUCCCAGACUCGUCUAGUUAUGCUACCGGUUAUCAUCCACUUGAAGAGUUGAGAGAUAAUGGGCGUGCUCGUGAUGCAAUGCCUACAUCUGCUGAGAUUGCCAGGACUGCCGUCGAGGCUAACAGCAAGGCAUUGUUGAUAUUCCCUAGUAGUGUGCACUAUGAGCCACAUGAACAAAUCUCAUGGGCUGAAUUCGACUACGUUAUUGAUGACUUUGGAGAUAUAUUUGUUGAGGUUCAUGACAGUCAAAACAUCUUGCAAGAUCAUGGAGCUAGUAAUCCUGUGACCGCUUUAAUUGGAAUGGACAUCUCAUACUACGAGAGCAGGAAAAUGGAUCUUUUAGAUGACAUCUUGGACUUUGAUAGUGGAGAUGAUGAUUUAUUUGCUGAUGACUACUUUGAAGUAGAUGAACCUAAUAAGGCUGGCAUUUGGAAUGAUUGGGGGAUGUCUGAGAAUUCCAACUGGACGCAUCCAGUUUACUUUGCCAAGUGCUUGUCAAAGGCUAUUAAUGUUGAACAUACUAAAAAUAUGGAUCGCCCGUCAAAUGGUGUUGCUGUAUGGGGGUUUCUCAAGCCUACUUUCAUAGAUGAAGAGUUUUACCUCCGACGUCUCUUCCAUGAUGAAGAAAGUGAUAGUGACACCUCAGACUGCAAAGAUGGAGAUAUCAUGAGCUACAGUACAAAGGAUGAUGGAAGAUGUGGUAGAUCAACCAUCUAUAGAUUGGAUAUCGCAAAAAUUGAACUAUUCUCGGUCUACGGUAUUCAGUCAAUGAUUGGUGUUCAGGAUUUUCAGUAUGCUGAACCUGACAUUCUUGUGCACUCAAACCCAUCAAUUCUAGAGCGAUUUGUUCAGACCGGAACAAGGUGCAGUGUUGCUCUUAAAGCACUUUGCAAAAAGAAAGGGCUACACGUUGAGGGUGCAAAUCUAAUUGGAGUUGACAGCCUUGGCAUGGAUGUUAGAGUGUAUUCAGGAACAGAAGUACGGACACAUCGUUUCUCCUUCAAAACCCGGGCGACUUCAGAGUGUGCUGCAGAUAAACAGAUUCAGCAGCUCUUGUUUCCGAGGGCGAGGCGAAAAAAGCUAAAGACUCUAGAUAAACCUAGAGAUGAUCCAUAUUAAUACAUGGACAUUGAUGGCCGCCCGACACGGGUCAUGUGGAGGUGCGAGGACAGGCGGUGGCGAGAAAGACGCACGGCCCAUGCACGAGCCCGAGAAGAGGCACGACCCAUGCGCCGAUCCGGGUACGGGGCAGAGGUUCGACAAGUUAAAGUACUAAAAUUGAGUUUGAAAUGAAGGAAUUUGGAGAUAUCUGUUGACAUGGAUUUUGUGAGAGAAACAAAGAGAAACUAUGAUUAGUUUACAUGAUUACAUCAAUACAAAUAUUACUUUUUUUA